AUGCCCCCCUCCCUCGGCUCCCAGCCCCAAUCCAGACAGUUGCUACAGAAGGGAACUGUGUCGCCCAACGGGCGCGCUGAGCACGGAGCGGCCGCCAGAAGUUUGCCAAGUUGGAGAGCCGAGCGCCCGCCCGGUGCGCAGGUGUCGGUGCCCGCCCGUCGCGUGCAGGGGGGUCACCGCAGCGCUGCGGGUCGAGGCUGGGGCGGCGAGCCGUCUGCCCCACGGCGGGACGGGCUGUCCAGACUCCCUGGCCUAGGUCACCUUCCCAGGACUGGGGCCGGCGUGCCGAAGCCCAGCGUGGGCGAAAGUCCAGGCGAUCGCCUGAGCGAGAGGCGUGCGCGGCGGUGCAGCCGCUCGGUGGCCGCAGGGCCGGUGGACCCCAGUGUGCGCCUGGCCCCGGGCUCUCUUCUGGCCCUCCACUUUUUUUUUUUUCUCUCUGUCCAGUUCGGAGGGGUUUUUUAUCUUGAAACGUAA